UUGACAGUCAGACGCCCUUGUCGCAUUUGAUUAAAUCAAACGGGAACGUUCCGCCGCGAGAAUUUGAUUUCUUUCGAAAUGGGCGAUUCAGACGAGGAGAAUUACGCGACAUUCGGCGUCCCUCUUGACCCUUUGGACGAAGAGAACAUCCCACGGAAGAAGCCCGUUACCAUCGAGGAUCAAUAUGCCUACGACGCUCAAGGUAGACGUAGGUUUCACGGGGCGUUUACAGGCGGUUUUUCAGCGGGAUACUUCAACACCGUCGGCACUCGCGAUGGCUGGAGACCGCAACAGUUCAAGUCUUCUAGGAACAGUAAGGCGGACGGCAUCGUUCAGCGACCAGAAGAUUUCAUGGAUGAAGAGGACACGAGUCUCUUUGGGAUUGCUCCAAAGGGCAUUCGUGCCACUAGUGAUUAUGCUGAUCAUGGACAGAAAGGAAAGAAGAGGGAGAGAAUAAGUCAGGAAGGACCUAUUCCUGGUACUCCCAUUUUAAAGGAGCUUUUAAAACCUAUCAAAGAAACAGUGGGUAUUGUCUUACUUAAGAAAAUGGGCUGGAAACCUGGUCAAGGUGUGGGUUCUCGAUUGACGAAGAAAGAAAAACAAAAAAUAAAACUACAUAAUGAAAAAUUAAAAUUGAUACGGGACAAUUCUGAGAUGGUCGAGAGUAGUUCUGAAGAUUCGAAUGAUGAUUCUACUGAUAUUACAUUUGCACCUGACGAUUACGAGCCAUUUCGGUGCAAGCCGAAAGACAAUUACUUUGGUAUUGGCUACUCAGGUCUAGAUAGACGAAAAGUCCUUUCUGGUCACAUCAAUCUUUUUGAUACUCCAGCGUUUUGCGUUCAAGAUAAAAAUAAGAAAUUGUCCAUUCACGGCCAGGCAUUUGGAGUAGGUGCUUUUGAAGUUGACGAUGAGGAUAUUUAUGAAAAAGAAGAUAUGUCACGUUAUGACUUCGCUCUUGGCCCCGAACGUAAAGCGAAGACGAGGUGGUCCCAGGAUGGUCCGAGCAGUUCGCAAACCGAUUGCUUGGACGGUUUUGUCCGCGCAAAGGAGAGAUUAGAGAGCAAAAAAAUCUUUAAAUGCCCGGAAUUGCCAAAGAAUUUUACGCCGGUGCACGCUAUUAGGAAAAGUAGAUUUUAUCCACCAAUUGCAACCUCAAUAGAAAAUAGUAAACGCAGAGAACCAUUAAAUGCCACGGAUAGAGCGCGGAUUUUAGAAGACUCGGACGAACGUUCGAAGAAGCCACAGACGCCAUCGAGCACAUCCGUCGCUUCGAAUAUUAUUUCAAAAACUUUGAAUUUACAUGGCAAACAACAAACGGAGGAAAGAAAAAAAUUAGAAAGUCAGCAGAAGGAGAAAGGCAAUUCUUGGCUGGACAAAUUGAAUGCGAAAAACUUCGUCAAAGGCGGCAUUGUCGGUACCGAACAGAACGACAUGGGUAACUUAAAGAAGCUGGAAGAUUUUAAAAAAUCUUUUUUGGCGCAAUCAAGCACGGAUAAAUCAAUAGAGAGUGAUUAUUUGAACAAGAGCGAAACGAAAAAAUUAUUCCUAUCUGACCCAGACAAACAGAAACGAUUUGAACAGUAUCUUAUCUUCUCAAAGAAUGACGAGAGGCACAAGUUCGAAAGUAUUCAACCACUUUCUAUGACCGAUUGGGAAAGAGAGCAAGAAUGUGAGGAAUUCGAGCAAGCGGCAAAAUUGGAACGGUCAAAUAAUUAUAUGGUGGACAAGUUUGUACAUAGCGCUGAUCAUUUGACGGAUCAAACAGAUCCGGAAAAAGAUAUAAAGGAAGCGGUAAGAUUGAAAAUGUUUGGUAAACUUACGCGACAGCGAAGCGAAUGGAAACCAGCGAGUAUCGUUUGCAAGAGAUUCAAUAUUCCUGAACCGAAAGUCGGAUGUGCGCAGAUUGCAACAGACCGAAAAUCAGUGAGAUUCUCAGUCUUUGAUUCUUUGGACUGGUGUAGUUCAUCGAAAUUCACGAAAGCUACGGAUACAGUUAAGACAGAAAUGGAAGAAGUUUCUCAGCCAUUGAGGAAAAUGAAGGAAAAUAUAAACGAAGCGAUUCACAACACUAAUUCCAAUAAUAUUCCCUCUAAUAUUUAUCAACCUUCAGAGUCUAUCUCUGAGAAGUUUAAAAUCUUUGAAGCUUCCUACGAGAAAGUUUUUGGCAAGGGUAUUGAAAGUACCCCUUCUGCAACGUCGAAAGACGUCCAACGGGAUGUGCGAGAUAAGUUAGAAGAUAAAACUCAAGAAAUUCAAGAAGUUAAAGAGAAAGAAGCUUCUGGAUCGAUGUCUGGGCUUAAAGACCAAUCAGAAGAAAAAAAGGAUUUAUUUAAAGCAAUUUUCCUCAGCAGCAGCGAAGAUUCUGAUAGCGAAACAGAAGACAACGUCGAUAGCGAAGCUGUCAAAUCGAUUUUAAUUGGAAAAGACCCAAAGGAGAGAAACGUGCAACGCAACACAUCGCCGCCACGAGGUAUCUUCGCGAAACUGGAUCUCGAUAGUUUGGUAACGCAACCAAAACGCGUCAAUGAUGAAAGUACGACGUCUAAAAUCUCAGAAAUCAGUUUGCCAAUUACUGAUGGAUCGCAGAACGAUCUCACAAAUCGUAACAAUAUAACUGAUGAUGUAGAAACUACGAUACUGCCGGAUCUGUAUGGUCCGGCGCUGCCGCAAAGAUUAUUGAAACAGGAUAAUAUCGCAACGACAGAAAUUGAUAACACCAAUCAAUUGCCAAAACCAGUAUUUCGAAGCGUCGUGGUAUCAAAAACUACAGAGGACUUGAAACUCGGUGGAAAAUGGGUGGAACGAGACAAGGUGAAAAAGUCGAAGAAGAAACAUAAGCACAAAGAACAUAAGAGCUCUAAGCACAAAAAGAAGUCUAAAAAAGAGAAACAUUCAAAACGUUGAUUUUUGUUCAUUUUAUCUCUCAUUGAUUCGAGUAAUAUAAGUGAUAAAUCAGUUUACAAUUGUGUGGUGAAAAUAUCUGUUAAGUACACAACACAAUCGUAUAUAAAGGUGUUCGAGAUGCUUUAUGGGCAACUGUUUCAUAUAUUGUUUUAUUAUUUAUUGCACUUGUUUCGCAAUACAAUAUAUGUACAUCUGUAACAUAGACUGAAAAUAUAUGAUAUUUGAACUGUGA